UUUCCCCAUUGGCCGGAUGGGGCCAUCCUUCCUGCUGUGGCUGCUGAUGUCAGACACACACUCAGACCGGAGCUGAGGCUGCUGCUGCAGAGACUCCUCAGUUCUGCCAGCUACAGCUCUCACACACACAGCUUUGGUGGGGAAAACCCAAGCCCCAGGAAGGAUCAAAGGUGUAUGUGUGGGGAAAUAUCAGGCAGCAGGUCCAGUCUGUUCCCCACAACUGCAGAACUGGUGCGUGCAUAAUAGCAGCUGUAUUACAGAGAGGAGGAGGGAGCCUUGUUUGUCAGCCUGGAAAGGAAACGUUAUAAAGCCUUUGUCUUGGAAGUAAGCAUCUCAUCCUCUGUGUUGCCACUGUUCCAAUGUGCUGCUGGUGGUGACUUUCAUAUUUUAGACUGAUUGUUUUGGGGGUUUUUUAUUUUGUUUUUGUUUUGAGGGGAUUUUUUGAUUGCUCCAGGCAUGUCUUGAUAUAGCUGAAAAGGAACUGUCAUUUUAAUACAUUUCCAGUGGAUGUCUUUGACUCUAAAGAUCGCAUUUGAUGUUUGAGACUUCUUUGUGUGUAUGUAUAUGUGUGAAAUUCACAUGAUCUCAGUUUGAAGGAGGAAGAACUGGAAGAAAGGAGCAGCUCUAUUGAUUUUUCUUCUUGUGGAUCAUUCCUUCUGGAUGGUAGUGUUGGGCUCUUUUGAACACAUUGUCAAGUACACACAGGACACGAGUCUUGAUUCAUUUUUCUGUUGUUGUGCUAUUGCCGUGAUCAGAGUGCAGAAAUAACUGCUCUUCUCCAGAUUUGCUGGUUUGCAUAAAGGCAGCAGAAAUAUGCUCUUGAAGGAGUACCGGAUCUGUAUGCCUUUGACAGUUGAAGAGUACAGAAUUGGACAGCUGUACAUGAUCAGUAAGCAUAGCCACGAGCAGAGUGAUCGAGGGGAGGGCGUGGAAGUCGUGCAGAACGAACCCUAUGAAGAUCCACAUCACGGCAAUGGUCAGCUCACAGAAAAACGGGUCUAUCUCAACAGCAAACUACCUAGCUGGGCCAGAGCAGUUGUUCCCAAAAUAUUUUACAUUACAGAGAAGGCUUGGAAUUAUUAUCCUUAUACAAUCACAGAAUACACGUGCUCAUUUUUGCCUAAAUUCUCCAUUCAUAUAGAAACAAAAUAUGAGGACAACAAAGGAAGCAAUGACAAUAUUUUUGACAACGAAGCCAAAGACCUUGAGCGAGAAGUCUGCUUCAUCGAUAUCGCCUGCGACGAAAUUUCUGAGCGCUAUUACAAAGAAUCGGAGGAUCCUAAAUAUUUCAAGUCAGAGAAGACUGGGAGAGGCCUAUUAAAAGAAGGCUGGAGAGAGACACACCAACCGAUCAUGUGCUCCUACAAACUGGUGACUGUGAAAUUUGAAGUCUGGGGACUUCAAACUAGAGUAGAACAAUUUGUACAUAAGGUGGUCAGAGAUAUAUUAAUGAUUGGUCACCGACAAGCUUUUGCAUGGGUUGAUGAGUGGUAUGACAUGACGAUGGAUGAAGUCCGAGAAUUUGAACGUGCAACUCAGGAAGCCACCAACCAGAAAAUUGGGAUUUUCCCACCUGCAAUAUCUAUCUCUAACAUUUCCCUGCCUUCAUCAACCCGUAGUGCUCCCUCUAGUGCUCCAUCCACUCCUCUAUCCUCAGAAGCUCCUGAAUUCCUAGCAGUUCCCAAAGACCGACCUCGGAAAAAAUCAGCUCCAGAAACCCUCACGCUUCCAGAUCCAGAGAAAAAAACACUUUAAAUUUAACCCAGCGUGUUUCCUUCUGACAAGCAAUGUCUGCCAGAACAAGAGUAACUUUACAUUUACAAAGCUCGUAGUGGUGGUUUGUUUGGUUUUUUUAAUGGUUUUACCAAGCUAGAAAGAUGAUUUCUUUACUCAGACUUGUUCCUUAAAACCCUAAAAUAAGUGCAUGCGAAAGAACAUAGUUCAUAUAUUCUGAUUCCCAAAGUAAAGUUCAAAGCCAUAGGGCACAUGCUAUUAAUGUGAAUUUAAGUAGUCUGAGAAUAGCCUGCAAUUGUGAAAUGCUGUAGGUAGUUAUUAAAGCUGGCAAGGAUUUCUGAAGGGAACUAGUGUCAAUUUAGGUGUAGGGUUAAUUUUAAAAAGGCAAAAGUCUAAUUUUCUCCUCCUAUAUUGGAAUUUCUAAAAGUUUUUCUACUCUCAGGCUUAUUAUGUCUAAUCCUAAAUCUUUGAACUGCUACACAUUGAUACUUGAACACCAACAGCAAUGAUUCAAAUUCAGAUGUUGCUUAAUAUGACUCAGGAUUUGGGGCCUAGCUAACACAAACUUUACACUUUUUAAAACUAAAUAACCAAUGCACCAAGGCUCCAAUUGUAAUUAGUAAUACUGACUUUAAGGCCAUUGAACUAUUUGUACCUUGCACAGAAUUUAUAAAAGAUUCCACCCAUUUCUUGUUUAUAGUGUAUUUUACUAGUUCUCCCCUAUCCUCUUGUGAUCUCUCAAGUGCGUGCUGGUAUUUGUGACUCCUGCUUCAACUAUAAAAAAAGGUGGAAACACAGAGCAGCUAAAUAGUUUAAAGAGUCCAAAUAAUGCAAAAGCCUUCUCCCAGUGAAGCUGUCAUCAUAACACUCCUGUCAUUCAUCCACUGAGCUCUUGGCUAGUUACAAUGAAACCAGCUUUAAGGGUCUGAUCCAAAUCUCAUUGCAGCAAGUGGAAAGAUUCCCAUUGCUUUCAUGGGCUUUGACUCAGGUCAUAAAUAACCACGAGGGAGUGUAUACAAUCUGGAGCUUAAUAAGGGAGGUAUUCUUCUAAAGGUGGGGAAGAAAUUCAUUUGGGCAUACUUUCUGGUGUUUUGCUAGACACAGAAUAGUUGUUCAUUGAGCAUAGAUAGUGAAUAACUAGGCCACAAUGCUUUGGAACAGCACUUGGGAGUAAAUAUCCCGAAAAGAAACAUUUUUUUAUAGGUCCACCCCUGGAAAGUUCUUUCAAGAUCUUCAGCCAUGACCUUUGCUGUGCUCUGAUGGGUUAUAUGUUCAGAUUCAGUUUCUGAUCCCAGUCUCAGUUUCUUGCUUCAUGGGCUAACAGGAUAAUAAUGUUGUAGAGACAGCACAGUCAGCCCUUGAACAAAAAGGAGUCAUUCAGCAGUUGCCGGUUUAGCCAAUUAAGGAGAAGAUUUGAUGAUUUCUAUCCUGUCCUCACUGGACGAAGGACUGUGAUAGGAGGCCUCAUAGGCAUUGAGGGGGGACAUACAGGGAGCCUCUGGGCUUCCUAAAAGAGGGAAAAGUCUUACCCUUACUCUGUCCCUUUCCUUUCAUGCUAAGUGCAGUCUACAGUAGCAGGAAGCAAGUCUCCGACUUUGUCAUUGGUCUCUAAAAGGGGAGAGAAAUGAAAGACGUGACUUACAAAAUAUAAAGGAGACUCCUGGCAACUCAGUUAUAUGUAAUAUGACAUGUGGGGAAGGGGAGUAACAUCCCUGGCCUGAUAAUGAAAUCAGUCAUAGGGGAGGGGAGAGUCAGAAAAUAGAUUUUUCUCCCAAAGCCAGGAGUUAAAAAAGAAAACCACCAGGGAAAUAGAGCCACUUCCUUCCUUUCUAAGAUUCUGCCUUAUGGAGAAAACUUUUCUACAGAUGUCCAGGCAUGGGGCACGUUGUUAACUUUCACAAUAGUUUAGUUCUCUGCAGUGCUACCAUUGUGUGUAGUCCUCUGUGACGCUAUUUAACUAAUAUCAUCAUCUAGCCCCGUUGUUGUAACAGACUUUAAAUGAGUCAUUUGAAAUGCCAGUGAAACGUGGAUAUUAUCUGAAUUACAUAGUCAUAUUGAGAUGGUGUCUUGUACUGUCAACUAUAAUGCACAUGGUGAAGAAAAGAAAUGGACCUCAAAGGGUCAAAGUAUUGCUGAACGGUGAAUUAGUUUGUGGAUAACGUUUCCCUGGGUGGAAUAUGUUUGUACCAUCUUCCGAGCAUGGCAGGAUGAUUUUUAUUUGUGGAAAAGUUUCACUGUUUUAAACCUUUUGACUGUCCAAAUUGCUCCAUGUCCAAUAGUAGAUGCUAAGGUGAAUGUCUGAUUUUGAUGGGCUAGUUUGACUAAUAGGAGAGGGAGGAGAAGAAUGACACUGAAAAUGUGUAUUUGAAAGUCCCAAGAGUAACAAAAUCCAGUAACUCUUUGUAGGUUAGCCUACAGUAUGACUUCAUCCAUUAUCUUAUAGAUUGUCCAUAGUUUUGGGGUGUCCUUGCAUCUCAAAGCCAGCAAUUACAUGUGCUUAGUAAAUUAACUGGUGAUUGAUACUUGUGUGGGUUUUAGCUAGUGUAAUACCACAAGUACCAAAUGCUAAAGUACCCUACAUCAUCUUAGGACUUUAAUUAACAGAUGUGUGUACUAAUUAAGUAUGCAUAAUUUCUGCAUGUAUACAAAUAAAUGUUGAUAUUCUUUUAUUUGGUUCUGAAUGUUUCACACAGAUCAUUAGGACAUAGCUUUACUCAUUUGUUUAUUUUUUUUUAGUGUCAAACGUUCCUAUCCUUGUGGAUAAGAUUAUUAUCAUAUGUAGGUUUGGGGAUCAGGCAUGUAUGAAAAUUAUUAGCAUAUUUUAAAGUGAUUCAAGUUAAAUAGCUGCAUGGUGGUAUUUAGGAAAGAGAAAAGCACUGACUGAGCAUGCAAUGGAAAAUAAUGAAUCCUUAAAGUUAAUACUAUGCCUCUGCAUGCGUUGCAAUGCUAUAACUCUGAACUCCAUUCACCAGUACUGUAUUACAGAAGUAUAAUGUUUACUAAAUGGACAACUAACUUUUCUAAUUCACUGCUAGCCAAAAUGGGGAUCAGUGUAAUCCACACUUGCCUUUAAUGUGGGUUUUGAUGGAGGCAAAUAGAAGGUCACUGCUUUGGACGAGAAGGCACCAUAAGAUACAUCGUGCUUUUCACAAACUACACAAGCAUUCUAUGCUGUGUUCUGCUCUGUUUUCUCCACAGUGUUUCUACCAUUAAAUACGCUCUCAAAAUAAUUUUUCAAUGUCAUAUCAUUUUCUUUUGUCAUGGCAGGAUUAUCUGUUUUCUACCAUGUUAUUUAUGUACGCACACACAAAAGCAGUCUAGAAUAUUUUUCUGACAACAUGUUUUGAGAAAACAUUUAUUUUCUUGUGGACUUGUGAAUGGAUUUUGUAAAAAUACCUUUUGUGGAAUUUUCAGACAUGUUUGUGGGGAGGCACAGGAAAUAGAGUACUUUGCACAUGUUGAUGACUUCUUUUGUAGAAAAAAUCAUUUGUAGUAGGCACAUUCUUAAGGUCUGAUGUAAUGCAGCAAAACUGAAGUUAUUUAAUAAUUCUGUAGCCUCCUUUUGCCCUGCUGCCACGACUGGAGAAUUACAUUAUAUAACCAUAGUGAGGCUCUACAAAAAAAAAACUAUCAAGAGCACAAUGAAGUUGAUAAAGUGACUGGCUUAUUUUUUUAAAAUCUUUCUCCCAUCUUGCUCCAACUUUUAUAUGUAAUUAUACCUUGCAGAAAGAUGCUCACACUUGAGGGCCCAAUCCUACAGUCCUGACACACAUAGAACACCUAGGCUACGUCUACACUACACUGGCGGGUUCUUGUG